ACCCACCCUCUCCGACUAUCCCCACACUCUGGUGUCUGUGCAUAUGGCGUGAACAUCCGCAGGGAGGGCAUUUUGCGCAUUCAGCCGCGCCACUGAAGGCUCCUUCCUUGUAGACACCUGUGCUGAAACCAUGUGAGCCUGUAGGCUGGGCUGCUUGCCACAUAGGAACAUGUGAGUAAAGCAUAUGAGCAGAGCUUACGUAAAAGAUACAGGGAGUUAUUAUCUGUAUUUUGUAUUUUACAUUUCCCCCCAUAACCCAAGUUUGUCAGGGGCUGGAGUCAACAAGCAAAAUAACUUUUCAGAUAUCUCACCUAAAACUGCAGCACACAUCCAUCAUAGUUCCACAUUUUGCUUACAGGGGAAAGCUGGUUAUGUACCGCAGGGCAGUAAUGCGGCCAGAGACAGUGCUUCUGAACCGUUGUUUUGCAGCGUAAAUGAGCAACGUCUGAAGAACACGGAAACUUAUUCAACCUUUAUUUCCCUAUUGGACAACUAUGAGACAUCAACUGGUAUGGCAGAGCUGGUGACGGCAGAGGAAAUAGCUGAAAAUAACCGCUUUCUCGAUGCAGUGUUAGAAACUGAUGUGAUGAAACUUACCCAUCAAUAUUUGGUAAAAAAAACCUGGACUAAACCAGAUCUCAAGGAUUUCAAGUCUCAGCUCUAUGCUAUUUGGUUUCACCUCUACUCCAGGGAUGGAGGAAAAGGACCUGACUCUUGCGGAUUCGAACAUGUAUUUGUUGGGGAAACUAAGCGAGGUAAAGAGAUCCUGGGACUGCACAACUGGGUGCAGUUUUACCUUCAAGAAAAACUUAGGCACAUUGACUACAAGGGCUACGUAGCCAGGAAGAACAAAAACAGGCCCGAUGAGGACGACCAGGUUUUAAGCCUUCAGUUCAGCUGGAAGGGGCUCGUGAAGCCCGUGGGCAGCAGCUUCAUUGGCGUCAGCCCCGAGUUCGAGUUUGCCCUUUAUACUGUGAUUUUUCUGCAAGCAAAUGAAAGAGUGACGCGCCAGAGGGUGAGAAUAGAGGAAUACGAACUGGAGAUUGUCGUUUACCGCCACGGGCAGCACAUAGGAACAGCCUAUCCCAUCCUCCUCAGCAGCGACAAUGAAGAUUUGUACUGAUGACCUCGAUUUUGAAGAGAAAAUUAUUUUAAAAUUGCUGUGUGAGAAUUUAAAGUUGCUUUUGCUUCAUUGUAUGUUAUAUUUAGAAGGGUACGUAAAACAAAAAUACAGCUUUUUUUUUUUUACCUCAGGGGUAUUUUAUCUGUCUCUUUAGGAUUUCAAAACUUUGCCUGUGUGAGGAAUUUGUACUGAAAUGAUUCUACAGUUCACUGUUUCAAAGCUAUGUGCUUAACUGACCUUCUGUUUUUCUCCUCUAGCCUUUAGGCAAAAGCUCUCUUGCCUAAUCUCUCCCUUCUCUCACUGCACAGCUUCUCAUGCCCCUGGCCUCUGCCCCCCCCAUUAUUUACAAAAGAUCCGCUCCCUCAGUUGUGUGUUGCCGAAUUGCCUCAUGAAUCUCAGUCUUUAGAAAAGCUGCUUGGUUCAUAGUCCUGUUAACGCCACUUUGCAUGUUGAGGGAAGUAGCGUUUGAAAGUACAAGGCAUCUCCCACUGCAGCUUAUACCAUUUUCCUGAAGUUUCCCUAACUCUUAUUUUGCACAUUACACAUGACAUAAAAGCCACUUCUGGAAUGUAUUGGACUAUAGUGCAAGUGGCCAUUUCCCUAUUAGUUUUGCACUGCAAUUUCCCCUCCUUUUCCAGGGGUUCACACCACAGGCUGUGAGGCGGCACACUGGGAUGCAGUUUCAAGCCUCACACCUUUUUUCAUAGAAAAGAUAAAACCUGCAAGGACAGCGGGAUGUAAACUCAGAGGGACAGCACGAAGGAAUGACGUGUGCGAAUGGCAUUUAGUGCGGUGACCUUUCUCCACAACAAGGAAGCAUCAAGAAACAAGUCUGGUAGCAGCCAAAUUCUUCCAGGGCCUGGUGGGUGGGUGGGCAAGCCGUGGGAGCCGAUGGACUUUUAGCUUAUAAAUUAAAACACACAAACAAACAAAAACUCAAUUCCAUCCAUUAAACCAUCUGAAAAACUCUAUUAUAAAAUGGCUUUGAACAUUCUUUUUUUAUUGUGGACUAAACACUACAGCACAAUUCUACACAGUUCCUUUAGUCAAUUAUAUCAACCAACCCUAAAGGAAGAGGUAAUUAUGACUGGGAGCAUCAAUUUCAGGGAGCAAAUAGGGAUUAGCAGCUGAGUCAAUAAGGCAAAGCUGGUUCUGAUGACUUUCCUGCUGAAAGGGGUCAGUCCUUUUUUUGGGGGGGGGGGGACUUGUUUUGUAACAUUAUUACAAUGAAGUGCUUGAGAAAGAGACCUUGGCAGCCUGAAACGAAUGCAGCAAGCAUUUCAGACAUCUUAACAUGAGGUCAGGACUACUUAGAAACAGCAAGCUACGCCCUUCUUUCUCCAAUUAAGGCUGGCACAAAACAUUAUAUUCAAGGCCCCGGCUAAUGGACUAUCUGCCUUGUGUUACCUCAUCUCCACCAGGAUCAAGUGCAUUUGUUCAAAACUGGCAUGGAUCCAUCCAAGGGAGAAUGUCCCUGAACAUAAUUGCACAGCUGAGAAAACUCUCUCUUCCAUUAGGAGUGUGGUCGGAAGAUACCAAAAAGGCUUUUGAGAGGAGGCCCAAGAGGCUGUGAGGCUCGUCACCCCAAUUCUACGAGUAUGUGAGCGGGAGGGUAGGCUGCAUGCCUGAGUCUCCUAACUCCUGGAUUCAGUAUGGAUUUGUAAUGAGAAUUUUAAGGUCUUAUAUAUAAAAGGUAAAGGUAAAGGGACCCCUGACCCCCUGACUGUUAAGUCCAGUCGCGGACGA